AUGAGACUGCAUAAAAAUGAUAAACGAACAUACGCAGUUACAGCAGCAUUUUUACCAUUCAUGUUACCAUAUCUGUGAUUUGUAAUUCCACAUUUGGAGUUUAAGUUACAGUUACAGUUAGUUAAUUUCUUCGGAUUGCAACAUUUAUUCAGUCAAUUUUAGAUUAUUUGUGUUUUAUUACAAAAGUGCAUACGCUAUUUGCCUCUGCAGAUUUAAACUACAAAAAAUAAAGUUGAUCACCAUUCUGGAAUAACAAACAAAACAUUAGAUUUUGAUAACAUAUCUUUGCAAUAUGGCACACAGCAGCAGCCUCAGUGACUUCCAGGGCGUGCAGAAUCCUCCACAAGCCAGGCGGUUUCAAAGCAAUCAUAGCAGAAACAAUCGACGGAACCCCGCAACUUCUAUCGAUCAACAGAGAAGAGAACUGCCAAUAACGGAACGCAAGGCCGCAAUUUUGGACACAAUUCUUAAAAACCAGGUGGUGGUGUUACGGGGGGAAACUGGAAGUGGCAAAAGCACUCAACUCCCCCAGUAUUUAGUGGAUGACUUAGGGUGCCUGAAGGUCGCGUGCACACAGCCUCGUCGGGUGGCUGCCAAAUCCUUGGCGAAGCGGGUCGCCCAAGAGGUUGGAUCACCUCUUGGUACCAAGGUCGGCUAUCAAAUCCGACACGACAAGAAAGGUGACGACAGCACUCAAAUCAUGUUCAUGACCGACGGCAUUUUUCUACUCGAAUGUCUCAAAGAAGACAAUCUGCGAGACUAUUCGGCUAUUAUUCUUGACGAAGUGCAUGAACGAACUCUGAACAUGGACACCAUUUUUGGACUCGUCAAACAAGCUCUGAAAAAACGAACGGAUCUCAAGGUCAUUGUGACUUCCGCCACUAUGGAUUCCGGAAAGUUUGCAGAGUAUUUCGACAACGCUCCUUCGUACGAAAUUCCAGGUAGACAGUACGAUGUUCAGGUUUCUUACCUCGACCAGGAUGUAAUUCUCCGAAGCAUGACUCACCAAGUUGUCCAGAAGGUGGUUGGAAUCCACUGGGGAAACGAUCCUGGAGAUAUUCUGGCGUUCAUGACUGGAAAAGAGGAAAUCGAAGACGCUGCAGAAGAAAUACAGCAAGUGCUGCUCGGCUCACCAGCAACAGGCAUGAAUUACGUGAUUAUACAGCUGCACCGAGCAGUUGAUCGAAAUGAUAAUGAUCUUCUUUUUGAGCCUCCCUCGCCUCAAAGAAGAAAAAUCAUUCUUGCCACCAACAUAGCCGAGACUUCAAUCACAAUCGAUGGUGUCAAAUACGUGGUCGACUGCGGGUACGUCAAACAGAAAAAAUACGACCCCCGGACCAAAACAGACAGUCUGACUCCUGUUAAAAUAUCCAAAGCUCAAGCUAAUCAGCGAAAAGGUCGAGCCGGUCGAACACAACCAGGCGAGUGUCAUCGACUUUAUAGGAAAACGACCUAUGAGGGAUUUGACGAAAUAAACGUUCCAGAAAUUAUGCGGGUUCAGCUAAGCCAAGUAGUCUUGCUUCUGAAAUCGAUAGGUAUUUCAGACGUGCAGCGGUUUGAUUUCAUGGAUAAACCAAAUCUUGAUUCAAUCCGCGAAGCUGAGGCAGUUUUGGCACAACUGGAAGCGCUUGACCAGUCUGGAAACAUAACUUCAAUUGGGAGACGGAUGAUUGAGAUACCUUUGGAGCCGCAACUAGCAAAGAUUCUUCUAACGUCCAUUGACCUUGAAUGUUCUAAAGAGGUGAUCAUCAUUCUAGCCAUGAUCAAUAACUUCAGUCAGAAUUUAUUCUAUCGUCCCAGAAAAUUCCAGAAACAAGCUGACGCAGCAAAGAAGGCUUUGAGCCAGGCUGAAGGCGACAUGCUGACCUACUACGAGGUUUUCAAACAGUGGUUCAACAACGACUGUGACCCCCAAUGGAGCAGGCGCAACUUCGUGAAUCAACAAGCCCUCGAGGAGGCUCUAGAAGUAGAAAAGAACCUACAGUAUGUAGUCAGAAAAACGCACGGUGAAAUCCGAUCUUGUGGAAACGACCGCACUAAAGUGCAACAAGCUGUUCUCAGCGGGUUCUUCAUGAACCGGGCUAAACUUAUUCAGCAUUCGAAAAAAGGAAACCUUUACCGUCGUACAAAUAGUGACCUUGAGUCGGCGUAUAUCUCGCGCAAAUCGAGUCUGUUCACAUGUCCGCCCCAGUGGGUCAUAUUCCAGGAUAUGUUGACGUUAUGUAACGGUAACCAGAUGUGCAAUGUAACGGCCGUCCAACCAGAGUGGCUGCCCUGUCUGAAAGGCGACAUGCUGACCUACUACGAGGUUUUCAAACAGUGGUUCAACAACGACUGUGACCCCCAAUGGAGCAAGCGCAACUUCGUGAAUCAACAAGCCCUCGAGGAGGCUCUAGAAAGAAGAACUUACAGCAUGUAG